AUGCCUACUCAGGAAGAACAACAGAACCUUGCCGUCGUCACCGAGUACUUUGACGAGUACUGGAACAAAGCCAAUCCCGAGAUUGUCGACAAGUUGUGUGUAGACGAAUUUGUCAUUAACUAUCCCAUGCAUGGUCCUCGCUAUGGCAAGAAGGCUGCCAAAGAGAUGAUGCGAGGAUUGAAGGAGGCUUUUCCAGACAUUUCGUUCCAUGUCUACCAGCAUCCUCUCAUCGCAAGCGGGCCCUACGUUGUUGGGCGAUGGAUUGGUGGUGGGACACACACCGGUAUCGCCAUUAGCGAUUUGGCGGUUGGUUCCCUGGACCGCGCCAACACCGGCAAGAAGAUUUACUUUUCCGGGAUUACUAUCUUCACUCUGAGGGACGGCAAGAUUGUUGAUGAGACGGCUGAGGAAGGCACUUUGACUGCGCUGCAGCAGCUUGGACUUGUUGCACAGCCUAACCCCGGUAAGGAGAUCAAGUAUCUUCAUGAGUGA